AUGGGCCUCUCAUACAAUGUCUACCUGACCUCCAACAAGAUCUUUGGAUGCAAGCAGUGCAAAACCCAUUUGGCCGAUUACAACGACAUUAUUAGCCGGGUGAGCAUUUCCCCCACUCCCCAUCCAAGUGACUGUGCCUUCCGACCGUAUAUCCGUUCUGUUGCUUACCUGCCUCCCUUUGGACGCCAGAACUUCCGAGGUCAGCACGGCAAAGCAUACUUGUUCAACAACGUCGUCAAUAUCACCCAGUCCGAUGCCGUGGAACGUAGCAUGACGACCGGCCGCCACAUCGUGCGCGAUAUCGCCUGCCGGCAGUGCAAGGAAACGGUAGGGUGGAAGUACGACAAGGCCUACGAGAGCAGCGAGAAAUACAAGGAGGGCAAGUUUAUCCUCGAGGAGGAGCUGCUUUGCGUCGUGUGUUGA